UGAAAUUCACUCAUACGCAACAUGUAAAUAGAGGCUCUUUUUUUUGCUGGCGUUCUAUAAGAACUCCCCCUUGUUCGGCCACCAAUUUGUGCGCAUCGCCCUCGUGCGGCAAUGUUUGCAAACACAGAAAGGAGUCUAUACUGUUAUGUUUUUCAUCAACGCGUGCAGGACCAAAAUGGAGGAAAUGUCGAAGUGCUAGCACUUGUUAAAGCACGAGCCACUCUAGCCAAACGAUAUCCCCGCGCGUCUUUGUGGCUUUCAGUAGAAUUAGCUAGCUACCAAACCCUUCUGCAGGACCAUGAGGGUGUGCAAACUAUAUUUUUAUCCGAUUAUAAAAUAAUAGACCCUACGUAGCAAGCUAGUUUGCUAGCUAACUAAAUGCUAACUAGAUGCUGGGAGAGUUUUUGUUACCUUGUUUGUCCAGUACAGUUAGUAAGUUAGCUAGCUGAAAUUGUGUAUGUUUUUAGAUAUCUAGCUGGUGAAAAGGAAGCCCAGCAGUCAGGCGCAGUGCAGUAUUUUAUGUGUCAGUCAGUUGUAGUAGCUAGUGUCGAGGUUGCCAGUGAUGGAGCAACAUGGUGCCCAGCGUAGCUAGCUAGCACUUUUCGUCUGUUAUUUAGACCCGCUAACGUUAGCUGUUAAUUAUGUUGGUUGCAAUACUGAUAACACUUCUUUCUGUUACAGGACGAAGUCUGAUCCAGGCUCAAUGAAACAGAAAAUAGGCUUCAAUGACACUUGACUGCUUUGCAGAAAAAGCAGUUAUUAUGUAAUGUUAGUUCAAUAACACCUGCGUUUUAUUCGCCAUGACUAUGAGAUCCACUUUGUUUGCUAAUGCAGGAUUUAAGCUGGACACAGAGAAACUUGACUUUGACAAAUCACAAGUGGGAACUGCAAACGUCGUGAAUUCAAUAACCAUCAAGAGAGAAUCCUGUGACUUUGUCAUAGAUGUCCAUGACGUACAUGGGGCCAUCCACAAGACUGGAGGGGAGCUCCUCAGCAAAACAAAGAUCCUAGACCAGAAUUACAUCAUUCGGGCCCCAGUGGCUGCUCAAAAUAAAGCGGGAGGGGCACUGGCUCAAGGCGACAAUUGGGAAAGCACAGGGGUGCUGUCAUCCUCCGUCAGACAAAUGGGGGGUGAGGGAAUCCCAAUUAAAGGUAAACUCAUUCUGAGUGACAGUAUGGAUAAUACAGAGUUGGUUUCGAACAAUAACUCCAAGGAUGCUGGUACUAUUGAGAGCACCAGAGGGGUCUCCCCUGGAGGAGUUGUCAACACUGCAUCCAUUGAGCUCAGCACAGAGGGCAAGUGGAGGAACAUCAGGAAAACCCCUGCUAACCCCCACACACAGGCCACCUGCCUCCAGCAGAUUCUCCUGCUUCAGCUGGACUUGAUUGAACAACAGCAACAACAGCUGCAGUCCAAGGACAAGGAGAUAGAUGAGCUGAAAGCGGACAAGGAGACGGUAUGCACGGUAUCUGGAAGUGUCUAAUUGUUUUUAGAUGACAGUAAGUCUGUCAUUUCUUUAGAACCAAAUCAUUUAUAAAAACAUGUCUGCAUACACAGUUGCUGGCGCGUAUUGAGCGCAUGGAGCGCCGUUUGCAGCUGACGAGGAAGGACCCACGUGAUAAGCGCCUAUUUCAGCCACUAGAGCCCUGGACCCCAGAUAAAGAGGACCUGUGGGAUCUAGAAGUGGGUGACAGCCCACAGACUCCCACCCCUAGGUCACUCCACUUCAGUCGAGGCGGCAAAGGCCUCAAAAGGUAACAGACCCCAAAUACUACUCUGCAUUCACUUAUUCUCAGUCAAACUAUCUUUCAUUCACUAAUAUCUCUGCUCUGCCCAUGCAGGAAAUUUUGCUUCCUGGACUCCAAAAUCCAGAAGUCGCGAGGAGGCAAAGGCUCCAAGUUCGUCGCCUCUAAGUCAGAGUGUGGAGCUGGGUCUCCACAUCAGAGGGAGCUGCGCAGUAAAGAGACCCCAGAGAAGAUGGGGUUUGGUCGGUCAGCGGUAGAGAGGGAUACUCUGCAACCAAGCAAUGAGGACCCGGAGCUCACCGCUCGGAUGGAGGAGCUCCCUUUCAUGUCGACUACUGAGAUGUACCUGUGUCGUUGGCAUCAGCCUCCCCCCUCCCCCCAGCGCGAGCCGUCCCCUUCUCCGAAGAAAGAGGAGGUUGUAGCCAGUGAGUAGACCCACCACACAAGCCAGUUGUUCAGUUCCAAGUGUAAAGCUGUGUAGUAUUGCCUCACAAUGAAUAAUAAUGUAGAAAUCCAAGUAGUGUCGUAAUUAGGCAUAUGUCUCUUAUACACUGUUCUGUCUUCCAGUCCCCUCCUGGAGGGAAAACAGUAUGGAGCCCUUGGAUGAGGAGGCUGCCAGUGACAUCCCAGAGGUUAGAGAGGAGAGCACACUGGCUAUACAAUUACAGAAUAUUUUAGAAAUAAAGCCUGUAAUGCCACACACAAUAUCCACCUCACCAUUUAUCCAUGCAAAUGGUCCUUAACCACAUCAACCAUGUUUUUUUGUGUUGUUAUACCAAGAUGUUGGACGACAGUGUAUUUUUGAAGCGCCACGCAAAGCUGGAGUUAGAUGAGAAGAGGAGAAAAAGGUACAAAUGGGUUUUAUGACUUCGAAGUUACUCUCAAUGCCUCAUGAACCAUCUUUAUCUUCACUCACUAAGGCUCCUUUAAUGUUUUGUGUAAUUCAAUCUUGAUUUACUACAUUGAGCCACCAGCGUUUUCAUCCUUUCCUUGCGCUCUCAUCUUCCCCUCAUUCCCUCCGUAACUGUGUCCUGUUUUUUGUAGAUGGGACAUUCAGCGUAUACGCGAACAGCGCAUGUUUCAGCGUCUGCAGCAGCGCAUGAACAAGAAGAAGGGGAUCCAGGAAAGUGAGCCAGAGGUCUCGUCAUUUUACCCGGACACUGAGGAUGGUAUGACUGGCCACGUCAUCUGCUGUCCUAAAUAUGUUUUCUUCUCAGAACCGUAAAGUUGCACCACCUUUAAUACUGACAUGUAGUUACAGAAGUUUUACGAGCAAUGUUUUCAUUGCGUGCAGACAGACUUGAUUCAUUUUCUUUCCCUUCUCUAGUCGAGUCCAUAAUCAUCACCCCUUUCCUGCCUGUGGUGGCCUUUGGCCGGCCAUUGCCGAAGCUCACUCAACAGUAAGUAAUGAUUUCCACCACCGGUAGUUCUGCCCCUCUCUCUGUCCACUGCAACACUUGUUGUAGGUUCAGUUCAACAUAGAGGAAAACAUCCCCAUCACACAUCAUGGCACCCUUUUCCAAGCACUUGGUCCAAACAAACACAUCUAUGCAUUUUUGUGUAUCUUUCAUUCAAAGGAUAUAGUUAAGCAAUAAGGCCCGAGGGGGUGUGGCAUAUGGCCAAUAUACCACGGCUAAGGGCUGUUCUUAUGCACGGCGCAAAGUUGAGUGCCUGGACACAGCCCUUAGCCGUGGUAUAUUGGCCAUAUAUCACAAACCCCCGAGGUGGCUUAUUGCUAUUAUAAACUGUUUACCAACGUAAUUAGAGCAGUAAAAAUAAGUGUUUUGUCAUACCCGUGGUAUACAGUCUGAUAUACCACGGCUGUCAGCCAAUCAGCAUUCAGGGCGCGAACCACCCAGUUUAUAAUUUGAUAUACCAUUCGUUUGCAGAGAUGUUAUUUGUUUGUCCAUUUGUUAUUUAUUUUAGUCAGGUUUUGAAAUUUUCCUAUAGGUUCACUUUUCUGUUAGGCUUGUCGCUGGACAUUUCUUUGUACAGUGAGUUAGGGGAUAAGUUAGGUAUGUAAGUCACUAUUCCCACUAGCUUGAGUUCAUCCAUUACUAUGCAUAAUUUAUUUUUCAAGAUGGUACCAUGGUGGCGGGGCAGGGCGAGUUUCACAGAAAGACCUUUCAUCAAAAUGCAAGUAUUUAUUCUUCCCCAUAAGUAUGUAUUUUUAAGUUUUAAGCAAACCGAAAAUGUUACACCCAAAACACUUGUCUCAAAGGCAAGCAUUUUCUUGCCUAUUCGUUCCUCUGGUCUCAAAGAAGAGGGCAUAGCUCUAAUGAUUUAGAAAAAGAGGGCAAUAUGAAUGCACACUGGUGUAAAUUUUAAAAAGGGUUUUAUGAAUGAUUGUUAAUGCCAGUUUCAAGACAACAUGGUGAAUAAAAAAAAAAGGGACUUUAGCCUUAACAUAUAAUCUGAAGGGGUAAAUAUUGACUGGAUAUUUAUAUACCAGUAGUUUUGCAAAUCCUUUAAAGAAAAUGGACAAGAAAGACAAAAAAAAUCUCUAUACAAAAACGCAUUUUCAUAGAUAAGAAAUGUUAUUUGUCCAUUCUAACAGUCAUUAUUAUCAACAUGUCUGCAUAUUGAGACAACACUGUUCUAUAGAAUGAGUCUGAAAACAAUUUACAGACUCUUUAUUCAACACAUGAUGUGCCAAUUGGAUGAUAACCCAAUGUGAAAUGCUUUUCAGGUUACAAGGGUCCAAUUUUCCCGGUGACCUUCCCCUUUCCUUGUUCCUCCAGUCAUCUUUUCAAUUUCUGAAUUGUGUCUUCCGCUGUAGGAACUUUGACCUGCCUUGGCUUGACGAGCGAAGCCGCUGCCGCAUCGAGGUGCCCAAGAAACACACGCCACACCGGACCUGUCGG